AUGCCGCGAGCCCAGAGGCCCAGGUCCGUGCAUCAGUGUUCGCAACAGCUUUCUCCUGUUAUUACCUUGUCAACAGCAGUAUUGGAGACACAAAGGACAGCUCUGCAUGAUGAUGCAGUGAAUGACUGGUUAGAUGUAAGCAAAAUGGAGGGGCUGCGAGCAGCACGCUCCCCGCGCUGCCUGCAACUCCCUUUUCUUACCCUCUGCUGCCAUCUAGUGGCCACUUGCCUCCUCUGCAUUGUCAUUUUCAUAGUGGGGCUGAAGUCUUGCCCCCUGGAAACUAGAGGAGAACAGUUACACAAACCACACAAUUAUGGAUCUUUCAUUCUUGGCUCGAGAGGUGUUGGAAAAUCUGCUGUGCCAUUUGUUCAAGGAAUUCUUGUUGCAAAAUAUGAUCCUAUGAUAGAAGAGUCUUAUAGAAAGCAAGUUGAAGUAGGUACACAAGAGCGUAUGCUUGAAAUCUUGACUACUGCAGGAGAUGUUCCAGUGAUCCUGGUUGGUAAUAAGUGUGACUUGGAAGAUGAAAGAGUUGUAGGAAAGGAACGAGGUCAAAAUCUAGCAAGACAGUGGAACUACUGUGCCUUCUUAGAAUCCUCUGCAAAAUCAAAAAGAAGCGUUAAUGAGAUCUUUUAUGACUUAGUGCAACAAAUUAACAGAAAAACUCUGGUGCCUGGGAAGACCUUCAGAAAGUCAUCAUGUCAACUGCUUUCGUAUACUAAAUGCAUGUAGCUCUGAGCCAGGUCUGAAAAACUGUUGCCCAAUUCAACAAUGCCAGCAUUCCAACUUUGUUA